AUGCAUCUGGCGGCGGUCGUGGUGGCAGUGCUUGCCUUCGUAAAUUUGCCGGCCAGCAAUGAGCAACGCUUAGAAGAUCGUUGUGAUAAUCAUUCAUGUUAUCCGAUCACUGGAAAUCUUUUAAUUGGUCGAAAACAUCGUCUUAAAUCCUCAUCAACAUGUGGUACAAAAGGCAGAGAGAGAUUCUGCAUCGUUUCUCAUUUGGAAGAGGAGAGCAAAUGUUUCUAUUGUGACUCUCGGACUGAAUGGAGACCAUAUAGGGAGCCGUACAGGCUGAGCCACAGAAUAGAAAAUGUCGUGUCCGAUGGUUACGAAGAUAAAUAUCGCAACUGGUGGCAAUCGGAGAAUGGAGUACAAAACGUUACAGUACAGCUUGAUUUAGAAGCCGAGUUUCACUUCACUCAUCUUAUCAUGACAUUCAAGUCGUUUCGGCCAGCUGCAAUGAUUAUCGAGAGAUCAGCUGAUGGGGGCAAAACAUGGCAAGUGUACCGGUACUUCGCAUACGAUUGCGCUGGAACAUUUCCUGGAAUUCCUGAGGGACCACCGAAAAAACACACUGAUGUAAUUUGCACACGUGCUUAUUCCGAUGUUGCUCCAUCAACCGGAGGAGAGUUGGUGUACAAAGUAAUAUCACCACAUAUUGCAACCGAAGAUCCAUAUGCUGAUGAAAUAGCCAGCUUAUUGAAAAUCACCAAUCUUCGUUUCAAUUUCACGAAACUGCACACUCUGGGUGACGAUCUGCUGGACUACAGACCAGAGAUUGAGGAGAAGUAUUAUUAUGCCAUAUAUGAGAUUGUUGUUCGUGGAUCAUGUUCAUGCUAUGGCCAUGCUUCCCGUUGUAUUCCAAUUGAAAACAACAGCGAUCCAGCGCUAGCUCGUCCUGAUAUCGUGCAUGGGCGAUGCGAAUGUAUGCAUAAUACAGAUGGGCUCAACUGUAAGAAAUGCCGUGAUUUCUACAAUGAUCUUCCCUGGCGACCAGCCACUGGAGAUGAGAAAAAUGAGUGCAGAAUUUGUGAAUGUAACGGACAUGCAUCCCGAUGUCAUUUUGAUCGAGCUGUAUAUCAAGCUAGCGGCUUUCAGUCAGGAGGAGUUUGUGAUGAUUGUCAACAUAACACACAAGGGAAAAACUGUGAGCAAUGCAAACCCUUCUUCUACCGUGACCCACGUCGUUCCCUAUCUGAUCCAUAUGUUUGUCUUCCGUGUGUUUGCGAUAAAGCAGGAUCACAGGAUGAUGGCAUUUGCGAAGGCGAAGAGGAUCCUGAACGUGGUCUUGUAGCUGGAAAGUGUUACUGCAAACCAAAUGUUGAUGGAACACGAUGUGAUCGAUGUAAAAAUGGUUUCUGGAACUUGCAAGCAUCAAAUCCUGAUGGCUGUAUUGCUUGCUCGUGCAAUCUCUUUGGAACGUUUAAUAACGAAGGUUGUGAUAAAACAACUGGUUACUGCACAUGUAAACGUCUGGUUACUGGAGAAAACUGUGACCAGUGUUUGCCCGAACACUACGGAUUGUCUGAAGAUCCUGACGGAUGUAAACCUUGUGACUGCGACAUAGGAGGUUCAUUUAACAACACAUGUGAUCUUGUUACUGGACAGUGUGUUUGUCGAGAUGGAUUCAGUGGACGGAGGUGCGAAACUGCCGACUCAGGUCUUUACUGCGCAGACAUAGAUCACUUCACUUAUGAAGCAGAAGAUUCUGUUCUGACGAAUGCUGAAAUCGAACAACGAGAAGUCCCAGAAAGAGGUGUUGCUGUCACGUGGACUGGUGAAGGAUACGCUCGGGUCAAUGAGAGGAGUUCGAUCAGUUUUAAAGUGGAUAACCUACAUAUAAGUCAGAAGUACCACAUAAUUCUACGAUACGAUGCUGGCAGGGAUCCAGUUGGAUGGGAAAAUGUACAAAUUACUAUUGUACGUCCUAACGUACCCAGAGGUCGUUACGUUGAAGUUUAUCCAGCUGUUUGUCUGGAAGCUAAUUUGGAAUACGAGAUUCGAGUGCAGUUUGGCGAAAAGCGGACAGGAGGACAAGAUCGCGUUGCGUGGGUGUUAGUAGACUCUUUGGUAUUGGCGCCACCAACUGAUUCGUUGAGCAUUUUCCACGGUUCCGAUCGCGCUUUGGAACAUAAGGCUGAAUACGAUCGUUACCAUUGUCGCAAUUUUGUGUUAUCGCUUACUCCCAGGGAAAUGAUCAGCGAAACUUGUGAACGAUACAUUUGUCCUGUGGCUGCCAUGCUAUUAAAUCAUACAAGUUCAUGUGAUUGCGAUCCUACCGGUUCUGUGUCAGGGAUUUGUAACGUGAAAGGAGGUCAAUGUGAAUGCAAGCAAAAUGUCGUCGGUAGAAGGUGUGACCAAUGCGCAGUCGGAACAUAUGAUUUUGGCCGAGCAGGGUGUGUUGAGUGUGCAUGCGAUUCUGUCGGAUCACUCCACAAUCGAUGUGACAAGCAGAGCGGACAAUGUGUGUGUCGUGAGAAGGGCAUCUAUGGAAGGCAGUGCAAUCAAUGCCAGCCAGGAUUUUGGGGCUUUCCAGAUUGCAGGGUGUGCCAAUGCAAUGACCACGCAAACAUUUGUGAUCAGCAAACUGGGUCUUGCAUUGAGUGUCGCGACCUCACGACAGGUCACUAUUGCGAUCGUUGCCAAGAUGGAUACUAUGGCGAUCCUCGGCUAGGAAUAAAUCUUCCUUGCAAACCUUGUCCCUGUCCUGGUGGUCCUACCAGCGGAUUCCAACACGCAGAUACCUGCUACCUUCAGCGAUCAAACAAUACUCAAGAUGUUGUUUGUAAUUGUCGCGGCAAUAUUGAUAUGGCUGUAGAAGGAAGCUGUGAUUCAACGACCGGUGAUUGUCUUAAGUGUCUUCAUAAUACGGAGGGUCCAAUGUGUGAGAACUGUGCAGAUGGGUAUUAUGGUGAUGCAAAGAUUAGAAGCUGUCAGAGGUGCGUCUGCAAUAACCUUGGAUCGAAUCUUACGUCUGCUACAUGCGAUCGUGUGACCGGGCAGUGCCCUUGCUAUGAAAAUGUUAUUGGAAUGCAGUGUGAUCAAUGUGCGGAAAACUACUAUGAUCUUAGCAGUGGAAAAGGUUGCUCAGCUUGUGACUGUGAUCCAACCGGUGUUGUAACUAACUUAAAUGGUCUUCCCGAACUUCAGUGUAAUCAGUUCGAUGGAAGGUGUCAUUGUAAAAUUGGUCGAGGAGGUCGAAGGUGCAGUGAAUGCGAAGAUUACUUCUGGGGAGAUCCAACAACUGCUGACGGCUGUAAGAGGUGUGAAUGUAAUCCUACGGGUUCUGCUAGCCUACAAUGUCAUCGCAAUAAUGGGACAUGUGUUUGCCUUGCUGGAUCCGGAGGAAAUCUUUGCAACGAGUGCGCACGCGGAUACACUGGUACGUGGCCCUUCUGCAAACCAUGUGGAGACUGCUUUCAUCAAUGGGAUGAUAUUAUCCAAAAUCUCAGGACACAACUUGAUAAGCUUAUCGACACUGCAAAUAAUAUCGAAGACUCUGGCGUUGCCUCUGCAUAUGAUGCCGAAUUCGAAAAAAUGGAAAAACUGUUGGAAGAUACCAAGAAAAAGCUUUCUGAUGCUAAUAUUAGCAAAGAGCAUUUGGAGCAUCUUGAUGGGGAAGUAACCAGACUCAGAAAGGAGAUCGGUAUUGCCCGUGAGAGGUUGGAUGGUAUCGAAACCCGUGUCUCAAAUGCAACUCAGGCUGUCGAUUUUGCACAAGAAGAUCUCAAACGGCUGGAAGUGGAUGCUGUUCGUCUUACUGAAGUUGCAGAGGACUUGCGUGAAAAGACCAACAAAAUUAAAGAAGCUGAUGUACAGGGUGCAUACAACAUUACAAAGGAAUCAGCCGCACGAUCGUUGACUGCACAGCGACGAACUGACGCAGCAAUUAGUAAACUAGCUGAAGCCGAGAGUGAAGCUAGAGAUGCGGAGGCUUUAUUAGAGAAGAAUCGAGACGACUUUGACAAGCAGUAUACAGAAAAUGAAGCUGCUUUAGCUGAGAGUGAGCGUAAGUUGUACAUGUUGGAAGCCGCACUACCACAAUUGAAUGCGGAGGUCUGUGGGGCUGCAUCUGCACCUUGUGAUGCUCUUUGCGGAGGUCCAGGUGAAUGUGGUUUUUGCGGUGGUCAGUCUUGCCUGGAGGGUGCUGUUAGCAAAGCAGAACAAGCACGAAGCUUUUCAUUGGAAGCAGAUUUGAAAUUGAACGAAAAGCAGAAAGAAGCGGAAGAGGUAUUAUCACUUGUUCGAGAUGUACUUCACACUACUGAAGCCGCUAGGAAAGAUGCCUUGGCUGCUUUGGAAGUUGCUCAAAAUGCUGCUUUGAGAACGAAUUCUUCGAGGACAGAUCUGGAUCAGAUUGUCGACCAAAUGAACAACUUCUUGAAGAGUUCAAGGAGUUCGCCCGAGCAAAUCAGAGCUCUGGCAGAGGAAGUCCUUGCGAAGAAAAUCAGUCUCACUCCAGAACAAGUAAAGGACCUUACUGCAAAAAUCCGUAGUUCAUUGGCGAAAAUUAACAACAUUGGUGCAAUUCUAGCUGAAACUCGUGGGAAUAAAACCCUUGCUUCUACUCUCGAAGCAAAGGCUCUUGAUGCGAGUGCACGUGCGGCCACCAUCAAGAAUACCACUGAUACGGUAAGGGAGGCGAUCGAAGUUGCCAAAGAAGCCCAGGAAGUUGCUUCCGAGGCAAUAACUUCAGCUGAGGAAGUGAUGAAGCUUGCUAGGGAGCAUCUUGAUGCUGCUAAGGCGGAAACCGACACUACAGAAGCUCGUGCAAAAGAUGUCAACUCGAGCCUUUCUAGCCUCGAAGCGGAGAUGAAAAAAGUCAAGGUCCAAUAUCUGCAAAUUGCUGAUGAUGCUAAAAAUGCUUUCAACUUGGUCGACAAGGCACUUCAAGCUGCCAAAACUGCCGAGCAUGGAAAUAAGCAAAUGACGAUGGAUAUUGAAGAAGCAAAGAGGUUACUAUCUGAACGAACUCAAGGCAAUGAAGCACCCCAGAAAAGAGCUGAGAUUUUGCGACAGAGAGCUUCAAAGCUUUUGUACAAGGCACAAAGAAGUAGCGAUGACAUAAGCGGUGAGUGUAGUAUUUGA